UCUAGGGCUUGGAAGUUCCCGGGUGGGACGCCCCAUCGCCAUGGCUGUGGCCGUGGCGCUGGCGGCAGCUGGAAUGGGGACAGAACUGGGCCCGGCGGAAGAACUCGCCAAACUCGAGUAUCUGUCUUUGGUGUCGAAGGUUUGCACCGAGCUGGACAAUCAUUUGGGGAUCAACGACAAAGAUCUGGCCGAAUUUGUGAUCAGUCUUGCUGAGAAAAACACCACCUUUGACACCUUUAAGUCUUCUCUGGUCAAAAAUGGUGCAGAAUUUACGGAUUCUCUCAUUAGUAAUUUAUUACGUCUCAUUCAAACCAUGCGGCCUCCAUCAAAGCCUUCCACAAGCAAAGACCCUGUUGUUAAGCCGAAAUCUGAGAAAGAAAAGCUGAAGGAACUCUUCCCAGUCCUGUGCCAACCAGACAAUCCUUCUGUUCGGACCAUGUUGGAUGAAGACGAUGUGAAAGUAGCUGUGGAUGUUCUGAAAGAACUGGAAGCUUUGAUGCCCAGUGCAGCAGGCCAGGAGAAGCCAAGAGACACCGAGCACAGGGACAGGACCAAAAAGAAGAAACGGAGCCGGAGCCAAGACCGAGAGAGAGACAGAGAGCGAGAUCGUGAGCGUGACCGAGACCGCAGUAGAGACCACAAACGGAGACACCGGUCCCGCUCUCGCUCCCGUUCCCGGACCCGGGAGAGGAAUAAAGGAAAGUCUAGAUACCGGUCCAGAAGCAGAAGUCAGAGUCCCCUGAAAGACCGGAAGGACCGAGACAAAUAUGGGGAGAGGAAUCUGGACAGGUGGCGGGAUAAACAUGUGGAUCGGCCUCCCCCCGAAGAACCGGCCAUCGGGGACAUUUACAAUGGCAAAGUCACCAGCAUUAUGCAGUUUGGAUGCUUUGUGCAGUUGGAGGGCCUGAGGAAACGGUGGGAAGGCCUGGUGCACAUCUCAGAGCUCCGGCGAGAGGGCCGCGUGGCCAAUGUGGCUGAUGUAGUGAGCAAAGGACAGAGAGUCAAGGUCAAAGUGCUGUCCUUCACCGGGACCAAGACCAGUCUGAGCAUGAAGGAUGUAGAUCAAGAGACUGGAGAAGAUCUAAACCCGAACCGACGACGAAAUCUUGUUGGGGAGACCAAUGAGGAGACCUCGAUGCGGAAUCCAGACAGACCCACUCACCUCUCCCUUGUCAGCGCCCCAGAAGUAGAGGAUGAUUCGUUGGAGCGGAAGCGCCUUACCCGAAUCUCUGACCCUGAGAAGUGGGAGAUCAAACAGAUGAUUGCUGCCAAUGUUCUUUCCAAAGAAGAGUUCCCAGACUUUGAUGAAGAGACUGGCAUUCUCCCGAAAGUAGAUGAUGAAGAAGAUGAGGACCUUGAGAUUGAACUGGUUGAGGAAGAGCCACCGUUCCUGAGGGGGCACACCAAGCAGAGCAUGGACAUGAGCCCUAUUAAAAUUGUUAAGAACCCUGAUGGCUCUCUCUCCCAAGCGGCGAUGAUGCAGAGCGCCUUGGCCAAGGAGAGGCGGGAGCUCAAGCAGGCCCAGCGGGAAGCAGAGAUGGAUUCUAUUCCCAUGGGACUCAACAAGCACUGGGUUGAUCCUUUGCCUGAUGCGGAAGGCCGGCAGAUAGCAGCCAACAUGAGGGGUAUCGGGAUGAUGCCCAAUGACAUUCCGGAGUGGAAGAAGCAUGCUUUUUGGGGGCACAAAGCUUCCUAUGGAAAAAAGACCCAGAUGUCAAUCCUCGAGCAGAGAGAGAGCCUGCCCAUCUACAAACUGAAGGAGCAGCUGGUCCAGGCUGUGCAUGACAAUCAGAUCCUAAUAGUUAGAGAGACAGGAUCUGGGAAGACAACACAGAUCACUCAGUACCUGGCAGAAGCGGGCUAUACUUCUAGAGGCAAGAUUGGGUGUACCCAGCCCAGAAGUGCAGCCAUGUCAGUGGCGAAAAGAGUGUCUGAAGAGUUUGGUUGUUGCUUAGGACAAGAGGUAGGCUACACCAUCCGGUUUGAGGACUGCACCAGCCCCGAAACAGUCAUCAAAUACAUGACCGAUGGGAUGUUGCUCCGAGAGUGCCUGAUCGACCCCGACCUCACUCAGUACGCCAUCAUCAUGUUGGAUGAGGCGCACGAGAGGACCAUUCACACAGACGUGCUCUUUGGUUUGUUGAAAAAGACAGUUCAGAAGCGGCAGGACAUGAAGCUGAUCGUCACGUCAGCCACCUUGGACGCAGUGAAAUUCUCCCAAUACUUCUAUGAGGCUCCCAUCUUUACCAUCCCAGGUCGAACAUAUCCAGUGGAAAUACUGUACACAAAGGAACCCGAGACAGAUUACUUGGAUGCUAGCUUGAUCACCGUCAUGCAGAUCCAUUUAACAGAACCACCAGGUGACAUCCUCGUCUUCCUGACUGGUCAAGAAGAGAUUGAUACUGCUUGUGAGAUUCUGUACGAAAGAAUGAAAUCCCUGGGACCUGAUGUGCCAGAGCUGAUUAUCCUCCCUGUGUACUCUGCUCUGCCCAGUGAGAUGCAGACCCGGAUCUUCGACCCUGCACCACCUGGCAGCAGAAAGGUCGUGAUUGCCACCAACAUCGCCGAGACUUCGCUGACCAUCGACGGCAUCUACUACGUGGUGGACCCGGGCUUUGUGAAGCAGAAAGUUUACAAUUCCAAAACGGGGAUAGAUCAGCUGGUGGUGACUCCCAUUUCUCAGGCUCAGGCAAAGCAGCGUGCUGGCAGAGCUGGGCGAACAGGCCCAGGGAAGUGCUACAGGCUCUAUACAGAACGUGCCUACCGGGAUGAGAUGCUCACCACCAACGUGCCGGAAAUCCAGAGAACUAACUUAGCGAGCACGGUGCUCUCCCUCAAGGCCAUGGGCAUCAAUGACCUGCUGUCCUUCGACUUCAUGGAUGCACCGCCAAUGGAAACAUUGAUCACAGCCAUGGAGCAGCUGUACACGCUGGGGGCCCUGGACGACGAGGGUCUGCUCACUCGCCUGGGCCGCAGGAUGGCAGAAUUCCCUCUGGAGCCAAUGCUGUGCAAAAUGCUCAUCAUGUCGGUGCAUCUAGGCUGCAGCGAGGAGAUGCUGACCAUCGUGUCCAUGCUGUCUGUGCAGAAUGUCUUCUACAGGCCUAAGGAUAAACAAGCCCUUGCAGACCAGAAGAAGGCCAAAUUCCACCAGACUGAAGGGGACCAUCUUACUCUGCUGGCCGUGUACAACUCCUGGAAGAACAACAAGUUCUCCAACCCCUGGUGCUACGAGAACUUUAUCCAGGCUCGUUCCCUGCGCCGAGCCCAGGACAUUCGCAAGCAGAUGUUAGGCAUCAUGGAUAGGCACAAGCUAGACGUGGUCUCCUGUGGCAAGUCCACUGUCCGAGUGCAGAAAGCCAUCUGCAGUGGCUUCUUCCGUAACGCCGCCAAGAAGGACCCACAGGAGGGUUACCGGACUCUGAUCGACCAGCAGGUGGUCUACAUCCACCCUUCCAGUGCACUCUUUAACAGACAGCCUGAGUGGGUGGUGUACCACGAGCUAGUGCUCACGACCAAGGAGUACAUGCGUGAGGUGACCACUAUUGACCCUCGGUGGCUUGUGGAGUUUGCUCCGGCCUUCUUCAAGGUCUCUGACCCGACUAAGUUAAGCAAGCAGAAGAAGCAACAGCGUCUGGAGCCUCUUUAUAACCGUUAUGAGGAACCCAACGCCUGGAGAAUAUCCCGGGCCUUCCGGCGGCGCUGAAACUCAAGACUUGUCUGUUUGCCUCACCUGCAGCGCUGGGCCAGGACUUGGCCUCAUUGUUCCUGAUGAAAAGCUAGUCCUGAGGAUACAGACGGCCUGUGCCUACCUGUCGUAACUGGGCACUCUCCAGCUUGACUCCCACAGCUUCUCUGGUGGCAGAUAGAAGCAGGGAUUUCCUACUGGUUGGACUGAACUCCAAGUUCUCACGCCUGAGGUCACUGGAGCCAGCUGGGGGUCACCGUCAACACAGGGGAACACAGUUUUACCUAAGGGACAACAGCACAGCCCAAGGAUGGAACUCCUAGGGCUGUCAUAGGCACAAGUCCCCUCCCUCAGAUGCCCACCAUGAACUGUCUAGAAGGAGCCGGGAAGUUCAUUGAAAGUGUUGGCGCCACUUCCUGUCCUUCUUCUCUCCCUGGCCUUUUGCAUAACCUCCUCCUGGAAAUAUUUAUUUUCUUAAGGAAACAGAAAAAGGUUUGUUGUGACUUUCUUUUAGCUGAAAGUUGAGGUAUUUUGGUCUGGACUCUAGGGAAGACUGAAUAUGGUUUGGGGGCCCCUUGUGGAGAGUCCCGUGGAAUCAGUGCCCAGGGCCUCUGGACUUGGAGAUAAUAUACGAGGAAGGACACACCCAGCUUGGUGGUGUUGCUUGAGCCAGGCUGUUUGUGGGGCCACCAGGGCAGCCUCAGCAAAGCUCAAACUCGGGCCUUGGUUGUGCAAGGCAUAUGCUCUACCUUUGUCUUCGCAGGCCCUAGCACUCUAGUCUUAUCAGGCAGCCACCCAUGGCCCAUGGCUGACCACAUCCACUUUGGCACCAAAGUGCUCACAGAUGGGCCUACGGAAAACAAGCUGCUGUCCCGGG